AUGCAACUGUUUAUCCAAGGAGAUGAGACCCGGUGCGUGACAGUAGAGCCCACCACCACCCUGCUCCAGCUAAAGGAGACACUCUCCCACCAGGUCCCUGUAGAAGAGCAGGUGAUUACUCACGCUGGUAACCUUCUGUCUGAUAAUGUGAUCCUGUGUGAGUGUGUACCAGAUAACAGCACUCUCUGUCUUACUGGUCGCUUGUUGGGGGGUAAAGUGCACGGUUCUCUAGCUCGUGCUGGUAAAGUUAAGGGACAGACCCCUAAGGUAGCUGCGAUGGAAGACAAGAAGAAGAAGAGGACAGGAAGGUGCAAGAGGAGAAUCCAGUACAACAGGAGGUUCAGCACUGCUGUUAGUCAGUUCGGACGGAAGAAGGGACCUAACUCUAACUCUGCUUAA